AUGGCCUGGGAUGAGAAGAACCGGGAUGAGUGGGCAAAGCGAUAUUUGGAGACCACCUUCAAAGACAUGGUGAUCCCUUUGGAAGGCACUGAAGGAGCCAAAAUGAGUUUCUUCAGAGUGGAGACUCGAGGAGACUGCGCCCUGGCGGUGAAGGGCGGCAAGCCGCAACCCAUUUUCGAGCUGAAGAUUGACUUGGAUUGGAAGGUGGAACAGCCCAUUGAGAAAGGGAAAUCCAUUCUGGAAGCCAAAGGCCAAAUCCAGGUCACUGACUUCUCCUCUGAGGACAGCUCAGCCCCGCAGAUGAAGUUGAUUUGCGAUAAUCAGCUACCACCAGGUGCUACGCCAGCCUUCCAAGCCUUAAUGGACAAGCUGAACGGCGCCGUGAGAUCCCAUGGCAAAACUGAGGUGGCUCGCAUCUUAGCGGAGGAUUUCGUCACUGAGCUGAAGAAGCAACUCUGCUGUGACUGCUUCUCAGGACCCGUCCUUCAUCAAGGAGGCGAGGCAAAUGACCGGCAACGCACAGGAGUUGGGCGCCUGGCUGAGACGAAGAAGCACCGCUGCCAACAG